AUGUCAGAUCGUCGAAAUCAUGAGACCAGUGCCAUGUUCAGAGUUUCCCGCCUGCCUCUGGUUCGCUCGGCAUUGCAGUCGGUGACUUCAGUGUACUCGGAGGUCAAAGGUCGUUACCCUCUGCUGGGGAUGAUGGGAGGAGCGGCUGAAGUCGGAGUUCGCAGCGUAUCCCACGUAGCCAUGAAGCAAGCCACGCCCCUUCUCCAGACCCUGGAGCCACAGAUUGAAGUGGCCAACAGCUUUGCUCUGGUUGGUCUCGACCGUCUGGAGAGAAACUUCCCCAUCCUGAACCAGUCAACAGAUGAGGUGGUGGGUCACCUGAAGGACGCCCUCUUCCUGACCCUGGACGACGUACAGCUGUGGGUGGUUGACGGUUUGGACGGAGCUCUGGAUCAGCUGGAGCGUCUGGCCGACGGAGCUCGGGCGGCGGUGCGUCAGCUGCAGGACACUCAGGUGGGCCGAGCCGCCACAUCAGGACUGGACGACAUGCUGAGCCGCCUGGAGGACGCCACUGCCUACUACCUGCCCCUCCCACCCACACUACGUCGGGAGUGGGAGAUGAGGGUGCAGGAGUACGAGGAUGAAGAUGAGGAUGAGGAGCCCAGUCUGUGGACCAGGGUGCGGAGUCUCCUGCUGAGCCUCAGUCUGCAGCUGUAUCACCGUAUGAUGAAGGUCAGGGAGCAGCUGCAGGAAGCCGUCACGAUGCUGGGAGACGCUGCUGACAAGGUGGGUCUGGGCCGGGUCCUGGAUGUGGUGGGGGAGCUGCUGCAGUACCUGCAGAGCCUCAUGGUGGCGCUGGUGUACCGGUCGGAGAACAUCAGAGAGCUGACCCUGAACAGGAUCAAGAGUCAGGCCACCACGCUGGCAGAGCUGAGGCCGGUCCAGCAGGUCCGAGAGCUGCCGGUCCAGAUCCAGCAGCUGCUCAGAGACCUGCAGGAACUGUCGAAGAUCCUGCUGCAGCUGGUGAUCAACGCCACGCCGCUCUACAACAUGCUGCAGCAGCCGUCUCAUCAGGAUGUGGAGGACUUCCUGAACCACGAGGACUUCAUGUCCGACAGUUCGUCUCGGCGCAACUCGGCUAACAGCCUCUUCCUGAAGGCAAUGGACGGUCGUCCUCGGCGCCGCCGGAGUCUCUAUUCCCGCGCCACCCGAGGCUCCGUGGGCCGCCAGAGUCCCGACCCCCCUAACGGCCGGCGCUCCAGCCUGAAGGACGCCCCGGCCCUGGAGGUGGAAAGCCUGUCUGUCCCUUUCGACGUCGGCGUCCACCGGCGGCCCUCGGCCACCGAGAUGCUCCUGGCGCCGCUCAAACAGUUUGUGUCUCAGAGCCAGAAGGCCUUCGAGUACCUGAACCCCAACUCCACCGAGGACACCGCCAACGCCAUGGCAACGGCCGACUGAGGCUCCACCCCGCCCUCGUCCACCACCUAUCGCUGCUGCCGGUCCCGCCCACUGACCAAUCACAGCCUCCCGUCUCCGCCCCCGAUGAUCAGCCGUUUCUGCCUGAGCUGGUGUUGGUCUGUGCGUUCACGUUCAUCGACAGAGCCAUCGGAUCGUUAGUUUAGACAAACAAUAAACAAACAAACAAACAAACAAACGGCAGCGAGUUCUAGUUAAAAAACAACAGUUCUCUAUGAUAGAGUCCAGCUUUAUAUUUAUUUUCUUCACAAUGCGUAAGUGUUAAAUGUGAGUCGAUAUGAUCAUGUUGAAUAUAUGAAGAUGUUGAACAUUUACUUUAAAACAGGAGGAAACACAGAAAACAUUGAUUUUAACGACAUGUUCUUUGAGCUGAAUAAUAAACCUGGUGUUAUCUGACCUGUUGUUUGGCUCCUCAGAGCCACCGUACAUGACGACAGUGACACACUGGUGAAAUCUGUAACAGCUGAGUUCACAGUGACGAGCUGGUUGUUACAGGUUUUAAAGGUGAUAUUAAAGGUUAUAAAUUAAGUAAAAGGUGACAGGUUGGACCUUUAAUGUGUUGUUGUGCUGAAUGAAGAGAGACAGAGAGUCAGUGUUGACUGAUGACGUGAGACUGAACUGAAUCAAACUGUUUAAACAUGUUAUUUAAAUCAGACGAGUUUAUUCUCAUUAUUUCACAGACAGAAGAUCAAAGUGUU